AUAGUGAAAAAUUAAGAACACAGAAAUGCCACCAGAAAGACAGAAAAAUAAAAUUAUAGCUACUUUAUGUGAAAAUCAUGCAUUGGCUCUAUUAGGAGUUGAAUCAAGUGACGAAGAAGACGAAGCUAUUGAAAGUUUUUUGAUCAGCAUGAGCUGUUUGCUGAGCAACAGAAGAAGCGUUCAUUUCGGCUUACCAAAAUGUUCCAGUUGCCAGCGAAAUGUGCUAAGGAAUCUUGACGAAAGCAGAUUCAAUCAGAUGCUUCGUGUUCGCCCGGAGGAAUGUGAACGGAUCUUAGAAUUAAUUAAAAAUGAUGCUGUUUUUAUGACAAGUUCAAGUGCUUCACUACUUCCAAUCGAAAUGCAACUUAAAAUAGUGCUGUAUCGGUUGGGAUCUUCCGGCGAUGGACAAUCUGUUCGCAAAGUGGCUUCCUUAUUUGGUGUGGGUGAUGGAGGCACUAUUUAAAAUGUAGCGCACCGAAUUUUUAAAGCCAUAUUGCGGUUAAAAAAUGAGUUUUUGUACUGGCCCAAUGAAAGAGAAAGACUGGAAAUUGUGUCCGCAACUGCGAAAGAAAUGCCAUGGUAUGUGGGUUACAUCGAUG